CAGUAUAUGUGCAUGAAGCUGGCAAAAAGUUAGAGGUAGCGAAUCUUGGCAGCGCGGCGGCGCUAGGACCUGGCGGAGCACAGGCGCUCCUUUAGGCGGGUUGGAGUCUGGCUGGCGAGCGCGGGGAGAGGCACUGAAAGCACAAUCGCAGAAAUGGCGGAGGGGGAAUUAGAUGUGGAUUCGCUCAUCUCUAGACUGUUGGAAGUGCGGGGGUGCCGUCCCGGGAAGAUCGUGCAGAUGACGGAGGCGGAGGUGCGGGGGCUCUGCAUCAAAUCCAGAGAGAUCUUCCUGAGCCAGCCCAUCCUGCUGGAGCUGGAGGCACCACUCAAGAUCUGCGGCGAUAUCCACGGGCAGUACACAGACCUGCUGCGGCUCUUCGAGUACGGCGGCUUCCCUCCUGAGGCCAACUACCUGUUCCUGGGAGACUACGUGGACCGAGGCAAGCAGUCCCUGGAGACCAUCUGCCUGCUGCUGGCCUACAAGAUCAAAUACCCCGAGAACUUCUUCCUGCUGCGCGGGAACCAUGAGUGUGCCUCCAUCAACCGCAUCUACGGGUUCUACGAUGAGUGUAAGAGACGAUUCAACAUCAAGCUGUGGAAGACUUUCACUGACUGUUUCAACUGUCUGCCAAUCGCUGCCAUUGUCGACGAGAAGAUCUUCUGCUGCCACGGAGGGCUGUCUCCCGAUUUGCAGUCAAUGGAGCAGAUCCGUCGCAUCAUGAGGCCCACAGACGUGCCCGACACAGGCUUGCUGUGUGAUCUGCUGUGGUCGGACCCUGACAAGGACGUGCAGGGCUGGGGGGAGAACGACCGCGGGGUCUCCUUCACCUUCGGAGCCGACGUGGUCAGCAAGUUCCUCAACCGCCACGACCUGGACCUCAUCUGCAGAGCACACCAGGUUGUAGAAGACGGUUAUGAGUUCUUUGCUAAGAGGCAGCUGGUCACCCUGUUCUCUGCUCCCAAUUACUGUGGCGAGUUCGACAACGCUGGAGGGAUGAUGAGUGUGGACGAAACCCUCAUGUGCUCCUUCCAGAUCCUGAAGCCGUCUGAGAAGAAAGCCAAGUACCAGUAUGGAGGCAUGAACUCUGGCAGACCCGUGACCCCGCCCCGCACAGCCACGCCCCCAAAGAAACGGUGAACGAGGAGAGGAGGGACGCUGGCUCUCGCAGCGUUUACCAAACCAGAUGCCGUCGAAAUACAAACACGAUGAAAAAAGAAAGUUGGCUUUUUUUUUUUUUUUAAACAGCUUUUUCUGUUGGUCACGUUCUGCUUUUAUUAUUGUUGUGUUGUUUUUCUCCUGCACUACAACUCAAAACCAGUCUCUAAUUGCUUGUUUAUAAAAAGGAAAUAUUUAAAUUCACCAAGGAUUUUUUUUUUCUGUUGCUAAAUACAGAACAUUAAACACAUCUGUUGCUUUUGAAUUCUUAUACAGUACAGCAACAAUACUGUUUGUUACCUUUGUGUGGUGCUUUUGCUGAAACCGCUGCAUUAUGUGAAAGUUAUUUCAAAGGGAUGGUGACAUGGGAGUGUGCAUCACAUAGAUAAGAAUGACUUGUAGUCUGAAACAUCCUGAUAUAAUUUACUUUUUUGUGUAUCUACAUGACUUUUCUCUCUCCUUUUGGUACACAGCGGUUUUCCUUUUUUGAAUUGUAUAUAUACUUCUGUGAAAAAUAUUUGUGUGCUUAAUAACCAGAACUUUUCAGUUUGCUUCAGUAUCGAAGUUAUUUUAUUUUCGAUGCAGCCUCUCAUUGUUAAUUUGACUUUGAGUUGUUUCAAAAUUGGAGGGGGGAGGGGUAUGCAAGGACACUCACAUUCUAGAAGGUCAAAUUCUUUGGUACAUUAUGGGUAAAAUCUCAUUUUAAGUUAUUAGUAUAUUUACUGUUGAUGACUGUGUGGUCCAGUGGUUAAAAGAAAAGGGCUUAUAACCAGGAGGUCCCCGGUUCAAAUCCCACCUCAGCCGCUGACUCAUUGUGUGACCCUGAGCAAGUCACUUAACCUCCUUGUGCUCCGUCUUUCGGGUGAGACGUAGUUGUAAGUGACUCUGCAGCUGAUGCAUAGUUCACACACCCUGGUCUCUGUAAGUCGCCUUGGAUAAAGGCGUCUGCUAAAUAAACAAAUAAUAAUAUUGUAACAAUAUGAA